AUGUCAUACUGCUGUCGUAGGCGCAUUGAGGUUCUGGUGGCGGCAUUUGAAAGUAGAAGACAGCAAUGUCCUGCCUCCCCCACGCCUUUUAAAAAAAAACCCCUACUUUUCCUUUUUCCCUGCUUAAGCGACGCCCGGCCGGAGCCCCGGGAGAAGAGCCUGUCCCCAGGGCUGCCGGGGCUGCUCCAGGCGGGGCCGGGCGGGCGGCAGGCGAUCCUCCGCCUCCUCCUCCUCCUCAUCUUCCUCCUCCUCCUCCUCCUGCUCCGCCAUCGCCCCCGCCCGGCCCCCGGCGCUGCCGCACCCCCUGGCGGCCGCGCACGGCGCCGCGCAAAUCCAGCGCCGCGCAAAUCCAGCGCAGAGCAAAUCCAGCGCAGAGCAAAUCCAGCGCAGAGCAAAUCCAGCGCAGAGCAAAUCCACAGCAAUCCCGGCGCGGCGCGGCACAGCGCUGCCUCUGCGCCUCAGUGGCAGAACCUGAGAAACUUCAGAGCUGUGCCAGCAGCAGGAUCUUUCCCAGUCCAAGGGAGAAGCAGAGGAGAAGUGACCUGUCUGGUGCUUCAAGGCCUGGUGCACGGCAGUGACUGCCACAAGGCGGGAGAGUCAAUGAGCCAGCCAGCAAAGAAAAUUUAUGUUCAGUAUACUAGUAUUUGUGGACAACACGAAAAGAGCAGCUGUGACAGAAAAACUAAAGUCUGUCUGAAAGUGGUUCAGAAAGGAGAGACUUUGAAAACCUGGUCAAGCAUGCUAUUGGGAAGAACUAUUACAUAGCCAAAUUUUCCUGUCAGGGACCACCUCUUCAAGCUACAGCAUCAUGUCUGCAGGAUACACGCUUAUUUAUUCCCAAGUGUUACAUUUGGACAUCAUGUGCAUACAGUACAUAGAGAUACAUAUGUGUGUGUGUGUAUGUAUGUAUAUAUAUAUAUAUAUAUAUACACCUACCUUAAUAGCACAUUUACUAAAACAAAGGUACUUAGAGAAUCGAGAAAGUUUAAAACACAGAAUUUAUAGAAGAAAAAAAAAAUCUUUCAAAAUACUUAAUUCUAGGUUUCCUUCUAUUGCUCCUUCCACCCAAGUAAAAGUGCUUCCACUGUAUUUAACUUACUAAAGCCUGAAGACAUCCAUGGUGUUUACUUUAAGUUCUAAUCCAUUUCCUUUGUUCAUGAAUCAGUUCACAAAAGCAUUCAAAAAUACAUUCAAGUACAUUCUUAAUGGUGACUUCUUGAAUCAGUUUAAUAAUUUAAAGUAGUAUUAAUAAAGAUUAUUUAAUAAACAA